AUGAGUCUAAAUAACGUAACCACCCCAAAACUAUCGACAAUAACGACAAAAAAGAAACAAUUAAUACCUCCGCCAAUAAUAAUCGAGGAGCAAACAUGCUAUAAUAAAUCAUCAGGUACGGCAAUUAGUUGUUUACCAGAAUUUGUUAAUGCAGCAUUUCGUCGAAAAAUUAAGAGUACAAAUACCUGCGGUGAAAGAUGGGAAGUUGAUCCGACAAUUCAGGGAACAGAAUAUUGUAUUCAAACGGGACCACCACAAGGACAAUUAGACAAUAAUCAAAGAUAUUAUUCAUCAACAGAUAAAAAUUGUCAGAUAUGUGAUAGCCGAGAUGAAAAACGUGCACAUCCACCCGAACUAAUGACAGAUUUUAAUCAACGAGGAAAUAUAACAUGGUGGCAAAGUGAUACAAUGUUAGAAGGAGUCAAUUAUCCUAAUACAGUUAAUUUGACAUUAAACUUGGGAAAAACCUAUGAUGUAACAUAUAUUAAACUGACAUUUCAAUCUCCAAAACCAGAAAGUUUUAUUAUCUAUAAACGUACAUAUGAAAAUGGACCAUGGAUACCGUAUCAAUAUUACAGUGCUUCGUGUAUGCUCACAUUUGGUUUACCGAGAAAAAAAUAUCCGGACACGGAUACAGAAGCUAUUUGUUCAGAAGAUUUUAGUGAUGUGACACCUUUGUACGGUUCUGAGGUAGCCUUUGGAACACUGGAUUGGAGACCAGGUGCAACUACAUUUGAAAUGAGAAGUGAUUUACAGCAAUGGGUCACAGCGUAUGAAAUUCGCAUUCAAUUAGUUAGAAUGAACACAUUUGGGGAUGAAAUGUUUGGUCAGCCGUAUGUGUUGAAAACAUACUUUUAUGCUAUAUCCGAUUUAGCUGUUGGAGGACGUUGUCAUUGCAAUGGGCAUGCUAAUAAAUGUAGUCGAAACACUGAUAAAAAUACUGGAGUUCAUUGUGAUUGUGAACAUAAUACGGUUGGUCGUGAUUGUGAGAACUGUCAUCCAUCUUAUAAUGAUGCGCCAUGGCAGCCAGCCGAUGUGCAUGAUGCUCAUGCAUGCAAAUCUUGUGUUUGUAAUGGUUUUGCUCAAACAUGUAGUUUUAAUCUUGAUCUAUACGAAAGAACUGGUCAUGGAAGCGUUUGCAUUGAUUGUGCUGGUAAUAGAGGAGGACCGAAUUGUGAAAGCUGUAAACAAGGAUAUUUUCGAUUACCAGACGCAGAAGGAGACUGCUUGCCUUGUUCAUGUGAUGUUGUUGGAUCAGAAACAGUUCAGUGUGCAAUCGAUGGCCAAUGCCGAUGUAAACCAGGAGUUGUGGGUGACAAAUGUAAUCAAUGUGCACCGUAUCAUUACAACUUUGGACCCAAUGGUUGCAGUCGAUGCACAUGUUACGAACCAGGUGCAACUCAACCACUUCAAUGUAAUCCAAGUUCUGGCCAAUGUACUUGUAAACUGUUUGUUGAAGGUCAAAAUUGUGAUAGAUGUCGUCCUGGUUACUAUAAUUUGGAUCAAAUGAAUCUUGAUGGUUGCACAAAAUGUUUUUGCUAUGGACACGCUUCAACAUGCCAAAGUGCACCGAAUUAUUAUUUUCAACCCAUUCGGUCAUCGUUCACAGAAGGAAGUGAUGGAUGGCGUGCCUCUGAUAAAUCUGGCGUUGAAGUUCCAGUGCAAAGCGACGGAAGUAACUAUAUUUAUGUUCGAGCAUUACCUUCUCAAGAUAUUACAUUCGAAGCUCCCUCUAAAUAUCUUGGUGAUCGUACAUUGUCUUACAAUCAACUGUUAACAUUUAUAUUGAUUCUUCGUGCUCAACCAACAUUAAAUCGAAUGUAUACUCACUAUGAUGUUUCAAUCGAAAGUGGUGAUCGUACGAGGGUAGGGGUAGUGAUAUAUGGCGGAAUACCUCAAACAAUACCAUCGGAAGAACCAUUAACAUUUCGUUAUCGUCUAAAUGAGCAAUCUUGGACACCAUCAUUAUCAUUUAUUGAUUUCAUGCGUCUAUUAUCAAACAUUACAUCAAUUAAAAUUCAUGCUACAUUUGGAAUUGAUCAUGCUGUCAGUUUUCUUGGUGAAGUUACACUGGGACACUCACAAUUGUCAUCUGGAUUGUUUUCAGUUUCAAAUGUUGAAUCGUGUACAUGUCCUACAGGUUACUACGGUGAACGAUGUGAAUAUUGCAUAUCUGGCUAUCGUCGUAAUCCAUCAUUUGGCGGUCUGUUUGCUCAGUGUGUACCAUGUCAAUGUUACAAUCAUUCGACAAUAUGUGAUAUUGAAACUGGAAAAUGUCAAUGUCAACAUCAUACCACUGGUGAUAAUUGUGAACGAUGUUUGCCCGGGUUUUACGGCAAUCCAUAUCGUGGAACAUCAGAAGAUUGUCAACGAUGUCCAUGUCCAAAUGGUGUAUCUUGUACACAACUGAAUCCACAACACGUAGUAUGUUUAAAUUGUCCAGCAGGAUAUACAGGUGAUCGAUGCGAAUUUUGCGAUGAUGGAUAUUUUGGAGAUCCUGAAGGAUUGAUUACGGGUGUUCGACGACCAUGUGAACUAUGUAGUUGUAAUGGAAAUAUUGAUUCAAAUAUAAUUGGAAACUGCAAUACAACAUCGGGUCAUUGUUUAAAAUGUAAUCAAAACACAUUUGGUGUUUAUUGUGAAAAAUGUUUGCCAGGAUAUUGGGGUGAUGCAUUAGCUACUGUUAAAUGUCAUCCGUGUAAUUGUCAUCCUCGUGGUACAAGAAGAACAAGCGAUGUCCAAUAUUUAACACAAUGUAAUCUUCAAAAUGGUCAGUGUCAAUGUAAACCAAAUGUUAUUGAUCGACAAUGUGAUAAAUGUGAGGAUGGUUAUUGGAAUUUAAAUUCAGAUUCGGGUUGUGGACCAUGUAAAUGUGAUCCAAUUGGUGCUUAUAAUAUAUCAUGUUCUGUCAACAGUGGACAAUGUUUCUGUAAACCUGGUGUCACCGGACAACACUGUGAUCGAUGUUUACCUUAUCAUUAUGGUUUCUCACCAGAUGGUUGUAAACCAUGUAAUUGUGAUCAAUAUGGUUCGUUGGAUGUUCAAUGUGAUAGUAUAUCGGGUCAGUGUCCAUGUAAAGAAAACUUUAUGAGUUUACAAUGUGAUCAGUGUGAUGAAAAUAAAUAUCGUGAUGGUUAUGAAUGUCCUGCUUGUCCACCAUGUUAUCGUGAAGUACAAAAACGUACUAAUUAUUAUCGAUCGGAUUUGAAUAUAUUGAAAGAUGCUCUGUCAACAUUAAAUUUAUCUCAAACACUUCAAUCAUUAAAAGAAGAUAAACAAUUAACAUCCGAAUUAGAUUCACUGGCAAAAAAUUUAAAUAAUUUAAAAAUGGAUUUACAGAAAAAUGGUUUAAUAUCACGAAAUAUUAGUAAUUAUGAUCAACUAGAUGAUGAAUUAAAAAAUAAUGCAACAGAUUUAGAAAAUCGUUAUCGAAAAUUAGAACGACAAUUACCAGAAUUAAUUGACAAAAAUAGUUAUAUUCGUGACACAAUUUUAAAAGCAAAUGAAACAUUUUUAAAAUCAACUACCCAUCAAUUGACUCGUAUCAAUUCACUAUUACUCGGAAUUGAUCGGGUUGGACGUACAACAGAUAGUAAGCAUGAAGCAGCAAUCAAUAAAACACUUGUUAUGCAAAUAAAAAUAAAUGAUUUAACACAAAGAUUAAAAGAUUUGAAAAAAAAACAUGAUGAUGCUAAUAAUCGUAGUUCUACAGCAGAAAAUAUUUUUAGUACAAAAUUAAGAAUAACAAAUGAAGAUGCCCAAAAUAAAUUAGAAUAUGAUAUUAAACAACGACUUACUACAAUUGAAAUACGUCGACAAAAACUAUUGGAUUUUGCUAAUGAUAUUUCACAUCGUGUUCAAGAUAUUCGUACAAAAACAAAUGAAUGGAAAACAAAUUUAACUAGUUGGAUUAUAUCCGAUUCAGAUUUAUCAUUGGAGGCGGCCAAUCAACUUCGAAAUCGUGCAUCACAAAUUACACAAGAUUUAAAAGAUUUGGAGUUUGAUAUUCUCAAUUUUUCAAAUAAAACAUUUAAAUUACAAGAAACAACGAGAAAUUUUGAAUAUGAAGUAAAUCAAUUUCAAGUAAUGGUCAAUGAUAUUAGUCGAGAUACACAAGAUUUAUUUGCCGAAGUGAAUCAAGCUGAAUAUGAAGCAAACAGAGCAGUAGAUAAUUCAAAAAACAUUGAAAAUGAAGUGAGAAAAAUUAGAGAAGAUCUUCAAGGAUUUGUUCAAGAUAAAAAUUCUCAAAGUAAAAAUGCUGAAACACAAUAUAAUCGUUUACAAUCAAUACAAGAUCAAAUUCAAAAUAUAACUGGAAAAUAUUGGGAAUUAAAUGAUGAACAUCGAACAUUAAAUAUUACCGUAGCUAAUGCACUACGUGAACUUGAAAAUGUCAAAGCAUUAUAUACAACAUUGAAUAUUCGUGAACAAUCGGACAUAAUUAACCAAGCUGAAAUAAAAUUUACACCAAUUAGUAAAGAAAUGGAAACAUUAACAGAUCAUUCAUCAACCGUAUUAAAUAGUUUUAAAAAUAUUAAAGAUCAAGCUGAUAUUCAUGUUAAACGAAUUGAAAUAGCAUCAGCCAUUGGAAAAAAUCUAACAAAUGAUAUUAAUUCAGCAAGAGAUCAAGUAGAAAAGUUAAUGGAACAAUUGAAAUCAUUGCAAUCAUCACUAAAUUAUUCAACUCAAAUUAAUAUUACAAGUUUAGAUAAUGCUGAAAUUGAAUUUCAACAAUUAAAUUUAGAUAAAAUAUUUAAUGGAAUUGAACAAUUUUAUAUGGGUGCUAUUUUUGUUAAAAAUCAAACGGAUAAAUUAAUUAUUGAAUAUGAUAAUCUAAAUAGAUAUGUUAAUAAUAUAGAUGAGAUAGCACGUAAUUUACCGACAGGAUGUUUUAAAAAUAUACCCAUUGAGCAUAAUCCAUUAUCGAGACAAACUUAG